AUGAACUCAAAUGAUGAUGAUUUAUACUUAAGUGUUUCCGAAGAGAAGGAUCUCUACAACUACAGCGAAUGGGUUGCCAUCCUCCUCCAGGAUUACGAACCCUAUCGAUAUCAAGAUAAAUACGACAAGUUGGUCAACUAAUAUCAGAAGGAUGUCCUCUUUCAAUAGAUGAUUUGGAUCGUACUCAAACUCGACAAAAACAAGAACACCUUCGAUGAUCUCAUUGCUGCGGCCAUUCCUGGAGCCAAAACCAAAGGUUACGAAGCUCCCAUCGAGAGAUUUCCCAAAUAAUAAGUCAUUGUCUCCAAAAAGGUUCUUAAGUUGAGGAGGAAACUGCAGAAUUACAAUGUUCAAUUCGAUUUCGAGGAUGAGUAUCCCCUGCCUGAAAUUAGUAGAGAACUUGAAUUCAAAUUUGAUGUGAAUACUAUUUUACAGCUCAUUUUAUAAUGA